AUGGCGUUGGCAAAAUUUCUUUCUGUUCCAUGGGGAAAAGAGCUUGGCGAAAUCCUAAAUUUUGACAUUCCGGGAACCUAUUCUUCUGAUGACAUUUUAGGACUUACGGUACAGCGAUCCAUUAUCCUUCGAAGUUGGGAAGAUUCUGUUUUUCUCCACUUAAAAGUAUUGCUUGCAUUAUGUCGCGAUCGAGAUCCAGUCACUGCAUUUCGUCUUCAAGUUGAUCUCGCCCAAAACAUAUUCCGUGAGUUCUCUUCAGAUUUGCGUUUUCUUGCUAUUCAUGCACAGAAUACCAUGUCUAUUCGCAAUCAGCAGAUGCAACUCAUUUCCAGUGACCCUGAACAGGAAAAUGCACACCUCGAGCUAGCUACACGACUGCUUAACCGAGCCUUUACGAUUUGCAUAAAUGAUCGAGCUCCAUUAGCCAUUUCACGUAAAUGGGGCGCUUACUAUAUCAUGGGCUUACUAUUUAAGUUGUAUUUGCGCUUGGACUGUGUCCAUUUGACCAAUAAUGUUCUACGAGCAAUGAAGGUGGUCGAACUGCCAGACAUUUCUCUGUUUCCCAAAUCUCACAUUGUCAUUUUUCGAUAUUACCUUGGUAUCGUAGCCUUUUUAAACCAAAGCUACAAGAACGCUUCUUCAGAAUUAGAAACUGCAUUUUCCUUAUGCCACAAGCACUACAACCGUAAUUUAGAAUUAAUUCUUUCCUACUGGAUCCCUACUCGAAUUUUGGUUUACCAUCAACUUCCCAGUCCGAAAUUUUUGUUUAAAUAUCCAUAUCUAAAAGAUAUAUAUGUUCCUUUAUGUCAUGCCAUUAAGAAAGGAAACCUCGGAGCUUUCGGCCAAUGCUUAAAGAAAAAUGAGUCUUUAUUAGCCAAGACAAAGACGUACUUGACCUUGGAAGGGACCAGAGAAUUAUGCUUGCGAAAUUUAUUUCGCAAAACAUGGAUCAUCCUUGAUAAAUCUACUCGGCUUCCCACCUCCGUGUUUCAAACCGCUCUAAAAGUGGCAGGGUCUGAUUUUGAUUUACUACAUGUAGAGGCUAUUUUAGCAAACAUGGUUAGUAAAGGCUAUGUGCGUGGCUACAUUUCUCGCGACCGUAUGACCGUUGUCUUGUCUGCGAAAGAUCCAUUUCCGAAAAGAACAACAAUAAUCUAG